CAUCAUCUAGGCCCGGGUGUCCAAACUCAUCCGAAAGAGAUUUCGUGCGUCCUAAAGCUGUUUGUCCACUCGUCCGAUUAACAAAUAAACAUCCCCACAGAGGAGGAUUUUGUUUUUCAUUUGUAAUACUUUAAACACCGCAGGAACAGCCUGAUGCUGGCGGGUGGCAGUCAAACCUCGGAGGCAGCCGCAGUGCACGAGUCCACCGGGGACGAGCAGCAGCAGCCGUGCACGCGCACCACUUUACUCGACCAAAGCCGGCGGCACCGGACGGCGUUUACGCGCGCGCAGCUGAACCGGCUGGAGCAGGAGUACGGCAGAGAGAGCUACGUGUCCAGAAGCAGGCGCUGCGAGCUGUCCACGGCUCUCAACUUACCCGAAACAACCAUAAAGGUGUGGUUCCAGAACAGGAGGAUGAAAGAUAAACGUCAAAGACACUCGUUACCUUGGCCCCACCCGCUGGUUGACCCCCUGGGUGCCCUCCUGUUGGGCCGCGCCCCCCCUUCCUCCACCAUAUCUUAUCCCUUCAUCCCACCUCACCUUCCCCAUCUGUCUCUCCACCAUUACUCCCCUCUGGCUCUCUCCACCCCAUCACCCGUGGCACCUAGCACCUACAGUUCACCCAUGAGACCACUGGAGGUGUUUCGCCUCUCGCAGUAUCACCACAGGCUAGGUGGACUUCCUCAAACACCAGGAUCCCUCCAGACCUCUGGAAGCGUCCUGCACCAUCCAACCUCCUGCUCCUGCCCCCUGUGCAUGCACUGGAGACCAGAACAUCUUUUCAAAACCAGUAGGGGAGAGUCUCUGUGGCUCAAUCGAGCCCAAAGUCCCAAGACCAGCAUCCAGCCUGCUGGUCUGGAUCAAAGGGAGGAGGUGGCAUAAAUUCGAACAGAAACUGAAGCCAGCAAAGAACACCUGCAGCUCAUGAAGGAGCUGCAAGUCACAAGACUAAAGGCCCCUUCACACAAAGUGCGACGUUUGGUCGA